AUGACCUUAUUCUGCAAUACUACUCAAAGACGCAAAGAUGCGAAGAAUGAGCUGAGACGCAUAGCAGCCACUACACCCCAACUUCCACCUAUUUGCCGCAAUGAAGAUGUUUUACAAGUACUUUAUAACUAUAAUUAUAAACACCAUCCUAAUAGGCUAGGUAGUGUAAUAAUUGAGAGAAGUUUACUGGAUCCCCCUAUCCCUGGUUGGACUGGCUUUGUGCCUAGAGCAAAAGUCACUGAACUAGGACACGGUGUUCGUUAUCGUGUGAUGGCAAAAAAUUGUUUUCAGGAUUUUAAGAACUUAGUAGAUCGAAUCCCCUAUAAUUCUUCUAUCAGCGUCCACAGAGGGGAGACGCAUGAGAUGAUUGAAGUUCGAAAAAUACCACAUGCCUAUCAAAGAUUCUACAGGCCUGAAGGGAUGAUGCCAAAAUACACUGGUCACAUCCCACAUAAACAUCUCAUUGCUGGGAAGACGUUUGGAAAUCUGUGCCGAAGUAGUUCUGUGUGUACACACACAGAGGACUCCUAUGGUGCAUAUCUCACUAAGAAACAGAAUGCCCUGGUGAAGCAUCAGCAAACAAUGAAAUAUGAUGUUAAUAACUGA